AUGUCGACCGUCCCUCCAGUUCGCUCGACGCCUUCGUCGAUGGAGACUCUCACCCCCCCUAUUACUCCGAAGCUUAAUGCCGACCCUACCUCCCAGCCCUCAAAGAAGUUUAUUGACGAUCCCGAGCACGUCCCCGCGGACGUUAAUAUUCCAGAUAACUACGUGUCCUACACUCUCAAACAUCAAAAAUCCCUUCCCCCACUCGGUUGGGACAACUGGUACACAGAGUUAAACUGGUUACACGUUGCAAUUCUCGCCGGCACGCCUGUCAUCGGUCUCGUCGGCGCGUACUACACUCCCCUUCGAUGGGAGACCGCCGUUUGGUCAGUCGUAUACUACUACAUGACCGGUCUCGGCAUCACUGCAGGUUACCACCGGCUAUGGGCACACCGUUCUUACAACGCGUCGAAGCCCCUUCAGUAUGUUCUUGCAUUCGUCGGCGCAGGCGCGGUUGAAGGCUCUAUCAAAUGGUGGUCACGAGGACACCGUGCUCACCAUCGUUACACCGACACCGACCUUGACCCAUACAACGCACACCGCGGUCUUCUAUGGUCACACAUCGGAUGGAUGGUUGUCAAGCCCCGUCGCAAACCUGGCGUUGCUGAUGUUAGCGACUUGACAAAGAACGAGAUCGUGAGAUGGCAGCACAAAUACUACCUGAGCCUGGUCGUGAUCAUGGGCUUCCUCUUCCCCACUGUCGUGGCUGGUCUUUGCUGGGGCGACUGGCAGGGUGGCUACAUCUACGCCGGUCUUUUGCGUCUUUGCUUUGUUCACCAUUCCACGUUUUGCGUGAAUUCGCUCGCUCAUUGGUUGGGUGAAACGCCAUUCGACGACAAACACAGCCCUCGCGAUCACCUCGUAACUGCCCUCGUCACAAUUGGUGAAGGAUACCACAACUUCCACCACCAAUUCCCCAUGGACUACCGCAACGCCAUCAAGUGGUACCAAUACGACCCUACAAAGUGGUUCAUUUGGUCGUGCCAGAAGCUUGGUCUCGCAAGCCAUUUGAAGUCCUUCCCUGACAACGAGGUCCGCAAGGGUCAGCUCACCAUGCAACUGAAACGUCUUCGCGAGACCCAGGAAACCCUGUCAUGGCCUACUGAUAACAGUGACCUGCCCGUCAUUUCCUGGGAGAGCUACCUUGAACAAGCCAAGAGUCGUCCGGUCAUCUGCAUUGCUGGCUUCAUUCACGAUGUUUCAGACUUCCUUGACGAUCACCCUGGAGGCCGUCACUUGUUGACGAAACACAUUGGCCGAGAUGCUACUACAGCAUUCUUUGGAGGCGUUUAUGACCACAGUAACGCCGCACAUAACCUCCUUGCAAUGAAGCGUGUCGGCGUGCUUCACGGUGGAUCUCCACAUGGUCUUGAAGAUAAGGUCAUCCCUCCAAGCCAGCGCCUUCGCAUUGCACGAUAUAACGAGAUCGGUGGCAGCGGAUACAGCUCGGCAGCCCUCUCUGACGGCGAGGGUCUCCUUGGGUGA